GACGUGGUUGAUGGUGGUGGUGGUGACGGGUUGUGGUACUGCUGGAGUGCUGAGGGUGGUCGUGUCGGCUACACGGGGGACCUUUGUCUUGGGGUGGAAGUCACGUGAGGGGCGGUCACGUGCUCGCCGCGCAGGGGAAAAAUGGCGGCGCCCUGGAGGAGCGUGGCGGCGGUGGUGGUGGCGGCGUCGCGCAGGGCGCUGAUCCCCGCGGCUGCCGGCUUCGUGCGCCCGGCCCGGUGCUUUUGUGAAAAAGUUUCAUCUCAACCUGACCAAUACACCGGAGUAAAAAUAUCAUACGACGAUUUUCACUAUGUUGAGAGACUGAUUCCUCCACUCCGAGUCCCCACGCCUCCCAAGCACGAGCGCUACCCAACGCCGUCAGGGUGGAGCCCCCCACGAGGGAUUGUGCGAGUGCUGACCCAAUCUGAGGGGGGAAGGGAGAAAAUCCCCGUGGAUAUCUGCGAAAGCCAGAAGCGAGGUGUACGUGGCGGUGAGCAUCGAGGAGCGAGCAGGGACCCCACCAUGAGCGGACCCCUGGUGCUGCGGGUGCUGGCGAGCGCGGGGCGAGUGGCGGAACGAGCGGCCGAGCUGGUGCGGAGCGUCCUCCGAACCGGAGAUCUCGGCAUCGUCAUCAAGGAGAAUGUUAAUGACCUUCAGACUAAGGCUGACCGCCUGGCUCAGCAGAGCAUCUGUACCUCGCUCGCCCUCAAGUUCCCAAAGCUCACCAUCAUCGGCGAGGAGGACUUGCCACCUGGAGAGGUGGAUGCGCAGAUGGUGGAGGAUGGAUUCAUGGAGGAGAUCCUGGGACACAAGUGUCCGGCGGAGUACGAGAACGUGAAGGAGGAGGAGCUCGUGGUUUGGGUUGACCCUCUCGAUGGCACAAAGGAAUACACUGAAGGGCUCCUCGACAAUGUGACGGUGCUCAUCGGCAUCGCCUACAAGGGAAAGGCGAUUGCUGGAGUAAUUAACCAGCCGUUUUUCAACUACCAGGCGGGCGAGGGUGCCACGCUGGGUCGCACAGUGUGGGGGCUGCUGGGCCUUGGAGCUUUUGGAUAUGUUCCCGCAUCGGUACCCGCGGGUAAGCGCGUCAUCACCACGACGCGCUCGCAUAGCAACCCCGUGGUGAGCGCCUGUGUGGACGCAAUGGAGCCCACCGAUGUUCUGCGGGUCGGAGGCGCCGGCAACAAGGUUCUGCUCCUGAUUGAGGGGAAGGCGUCGGCCUACGUGUUCGCUAGCCUCGGCUGCAAGAAGUGGGACACGUGUGCUCCGGAAGCCAUUCUGCAUGCUGUGGGAGGAAAGCUGACGGACAUGCACGGCAACUCCUUUGAGUACCACAAGGAGGUGAAGCACAUGAACUCAGCAGGGGUGCUGGCAGCGCUCACAGACUACGAGUACUAUGCGGCGCGCGUGCCGCCCACCACAAAGGCCGCGUUGAAGCCCUGACAUUGCCGCGCGAGACGCAGUUUUUAUGGUGACACUACACCUCCUACGCUGAAUGUCGCACAGUUACAUGGCAGCUGACACCACCCAGCCGCGAGAGCAGCUUGGCACGUAAAGUGAACUUGCGUUGAUGAGCUCUCUGAUUAAUGUGAAAACGUUGCAUCUAAUUUCGGUUUAACUCUUGCUCGAAUAAGUGGUAUUUAUUCAAGCUAGAAAAUAUUUGUCAAAUCUUUGAGAUGAAGAAACGCAUACCUCGUUGCAAAAGAAAAAAAAAUGUGUGCAAGACCAGGCCUUCAUUUUUUUCCGAAUGCAUAAGGUAAAAUAUGUAAUUGUAUAGGUACAGUAGUUUCUCAUAUCUAUUUAAAAAUCCAGUGUGCAAUGCACUCGAUCAUUUGGAAUAUAUUUAUGCUACAAGCCUGGCGGGAUGUUACUUUAUGCAUUUUUCCAAGUUUUGUCAGCGUGAGACAGGUGUGCUUCUUAAUCUGUGCGACCUGGAUGCCCAAGUAUGGCCUUUGAACCACUGCAUUUUGACCAGUCAUACGUUUCAGUCAUACAUGUAAAUUUAAGCUCAUUAUACAAGCAGUACAUUGUGUAGGAAUCUAUUGUUUCUAUGCAUAUGCAUUUUGAUUGGAUCACAAUAGCAAAACUAAUUUUGAUCCUGAAUCGCAACAAUCCAUCUUAUUCAUUGAUAGAAUUGUUGAGUGGUAAAUUGUUAUCUGGAUUUUUACCAACCUGAUCUCACGUUUUACACAAACCUGGCCAUACAAUUCACUCGUUUUGAAUUGCGGGUCUUGGUAAGUUACUGUUUAUUGCAUUCGUGUUUAAGAAAGUUCAAUGUAUUGUAUUACAAACUGUUUUGGUGGUUGUGAUAUUUGUAAUCAUUGGCAAUGCUAUUAUUGUAAUUGUUAAUUUAGUGAAGUUGUUACGAGUUUGUUGGUGAGCUUGGUUUGAAGAAGUCUCAAAAUUCUAUUAUAAACUUUCAGGAACCAUUUAAGGUUAAGCCAUACAGGUGUCUUCACAAGCCAAUUGCUUAAGUUUAACAAUCGUAAAUGUAAAAAAAAGAUGCAUCUGUUAAUUUUCACAUGAUUAGAACUAUAUUGGAAUUUUGGUGAACACAUCGAAUGUGUUCAAUUAAUUAAUUAUAAAACCAUAUUGAUUUUCAAUCUACAUUAAAUGCUUGAGGUAAAGAGUGGACCAAUGUGUUAACGAGAAUGAAUUGUGGGAUUGUGAAAAUUGAUGUUGGUGCAAAAAUAAAGUUGAAAAUGCAUUUUAAAACGGCAUUUCAAAUAA